AUGUAAGGAGCGUCCUGGAAAUUAAGCACGACAAGGCUCGAUACUAUCAGCUUUAGUACUUUCAGAGUUCUUUCGUAAGCGAGCAGUACCGGUUCCUCCGUUGCGAGCGAUAUUCGAAUUUGUCACCGAUCCAACGUUGUCAGAAAGCGAUAUCGACAGUCGUUUGACAGAGCUUCUGGAGACAGCGAAAGAAAAUGACAAAGAAGUAACGAACGAGGAAAUGGUUAGCGAAGAAGUGUUCAGGAAACUUUACAUCGAGAGGAAGCUGGGCGACGUCAUGAAAUAUGAAGAAGACAUUGAGGCUGCGAAGCGUGGGCAACAUGUUGAGGUUUAUUAUCCGGUCGUUACUGGGUUGAAAGAUGAUCUAACUGGUGCUAAGAGCGACGACGAAGAUCUCGGUUCGCAUGGUUCGGAAGACACCCAGAGUUGUUGUUCAUCUGAUGAUCCGGCCACAGAAAAACGCAGCCGGGAAAAGAAGGAAAAUACAUCCGCAUUUAUGAGGCAACGAGAUGAAUCGCCGAACACGAAAAAGGUUAUUCUUUAA